AUGGAUUCCCCAGAGCCAGACAAUUUCUCGUACUGGCAAGCACAACCAGCCGGCAUGGCAAUUUCAGUCUUUUCCUCGAGCCACUUCCAGGGCUCUGCGUGGCCAGUGGCUGUGGCGGUGGGAACGCUUCUCGCGGCUGCGUACGUGGUGUACUGUUGCGUAUUUCACCCUCUCGCUCAUGUCCCCGGACCCUUCAUCGCCAAGUUCUCGCCAUUAUGGACAAUGAGAGCGCUGUGGCGCGAGAAAUUCAACACAGAGUUACAGGAUCUCCAUCGAAAUUACGGCCCAGCGGUGCGGAUAGCUCCCAGCGAGGUCUCCUUCGCGUCGCUCGAGGCCAUGACGGCCAUCUACGCCCGGCAGGAGGACGGGCGGUUCUCCAAGCACGGGACCUUCCUGACGCUGUUCAGCGACCUGGUGCUCAACUCGCCGACGCUCAUCACCAUCCCGGACCCGGCGCUGCACAAGCGGCUGCACCGCGUCAUCGAGCAGGCCUUCACGCCGCAGGCGCUGGCGAGGCAGGAGCCGAUCCAGAAGCAGCACAUCGGGCGCGCCAAGGCGCUGCUGGACGAGGCGGCGGCCGGCGCGUCGCGGUGUGACCUCGCCGACGUCCUCGAGACCAUGUUCUGGGAGAUCAUCGGGGACCUGGCGUUUGGCGAGCCGCUGAUGGCCGGCAAGAGGCCCACCUUCGAGUCGCUCAAGCGGAUGGGCAAGCGGUCCAUGCCUGGUGUCGAGAUGUUGGGCGCCCUGCUCAGCACGCCCGGCGUGGCGCCGGCGAUCGAGGCUGCCAGGGGGCUGUUCUCCAUGCUUCCGGUCCCCUCGCAGCUGUCAAAGAUCGUCCCGUCGCGGAAGCUCCGAGACUGUAUCGUAAGGCAGGAUGGGAGGGACGACUUUCUGACUGCCAUUCUGAGGAGUGAAGAACAAGGCCUGAAGCUUGAUUCAGAUGCACUGUUCAGCAACGCCAUGGGACUCACACUCGCCGGCUACCAGACAACCGCAACAACGCUCGCGGCCACCCUAUACCACGUUCUACGUUCGCCCGCGGCCUACCGCGCCCUCUGCGCCGAGGUGCGCUCCGGCUUCGCGGCCGAGGCCGACAUCACGGGCGAGGCGGUCAAGGCCCGGCUGCCGUUCCUGCAGGCCUGCGUGCAGGAGACGCUGCGGCUGUUGCCGCCUGCCAAUGGAAAAACGGCGCAGCGUACGGCGAUGGCGGAUUCGUGCGUCGUCGCCGGCGUGGCCGUCCCCGCGGGCACCGUCGUCUCGGCGGACCUGUACUCGAUCCAGAGAUCGCCCGAGCAUUUUGCGCGCGCCGGCGAGUUCUGCCCCGAGAGGUGGCUCGCGCGGCGGGGAAGGGUUACGCGGAAGCAGGGGCUCUACGACGCGGACAACUGGGGUGCGUACAGGCCGUUCCUCAUCGGCACCAGGGCCUGCAUUGGGAGGCACAUGGCGCAGCAGAGUAUCCGGCUGAUUCUUGCCACGCUUCUUUGGAACUAUGACUUUGAGCUGUUGGACCGCGACGGGUUCGUUUGGGAGAGAGAUGCUGUGAGUAGUCUGAUUUACACCGAUUACAAGGUCGAGGUCCUUGUGAAGAAGGUGUUUCGAUGA